GUCCAGACAAGCAACCAAUCAAGCAGGUAUUGAACAGAUAUAGCCGGGUCACGAUGUGGAAGCGUUCGUCUAUGCUCCUCUCGUCCCUCUUAGAGCCCUCACUCCUCCAGGGCAGCCGCUGUCUUAGCUGUCAGCUGCGCAGUGCUACCGCGACAACCAAUCUACGCUCCUACGCUACCACGAAACAGAGCACCAACGAGAAUGAGAAGCCGUCCGCGAUAAGCACACCCAGAAACAAUAAAAUCGAGUUCAAGCAGAAUGGCCCCUCUGCCCCUGAAUCUGCAGAGUCCGCCGACCCCGACUUCAUCCCGACCCUCGACCGUCCAAUUGGCUCGGGUAUCCCUCCACAGGAAGGACAGAACACAGGCAUUGAUUCACGAUCAUUGCGACAAAGACGCGAUGACUUUGUCAACUACGAACGACAUCUCGAGCGACGAAAGGAAUUGACGAGACAAGUCGCAAAACCCUACUUCCGGGAAUGGUCCAACAUGCGCUAUAACCAGGGUAAGACAUUCAAGUCAAACUCCCGACUAUUUAAGCGCGACAAGGCGCUCUACUUCCCCAACCUGUCCGGCGCCACACUCGCGUCGCCCAGCGAACCCCAGAAUACAACAUCCGUACUCCGCGGCAAGGUGUCCAUCGUGGCCCUCUUCUCAAGCGUGUGGGCCGAGUCCCAGGUUGCGACCUUUACCGGCCCCAAACAGAACCCGGGUCUCUACGAGGCUAUCGAGAGCGGAGGGCAGCUCGUCCAAAGGGUUGAGAUCAACCUCGAAGAGAAUGCCCUCAAGGCAAACCUGGUCCGGAUGUUCAUGUGGCGGAUGCGCGGCAAGUUGCCCGAGCAGCAACAUAAGAGAUACUUCCUAGUGCGCAAGGGCUUGGAUGACGGCCUCAAGGAGGCCAUUGGCAUGAUGAACAGCAAAGUCGGAUACGUAUAUCUCUUGGACGAGAACUGCCGUAUCCGCUGGGCUGGGAGUGGGCCAGCCGAACCAGCGGAGCUGGAGGCAUUGAACAAUGGCGUUCGCAAACUGAUCCAGGAGCGAACGAUUAGUUUGGAAUCCGAGUUACCCGCGCAGGACUGGCAAGGGACAGGAAGAGACGAGAACAAGAAACCCCGAGUUGUCAUGAGGCCUUGAGAACAUAGCGGUCGAGUGUGCAUGUAUAUAUUUGUGUAUAUAUAUAUAUAUAUAUAUAUAUAUAUAUAUAUAUACAUAUACAUAUCAGGAGUGAGCGUGUAAGAUAUGCUAGCAGUCCAAACACCAUCAACCAUGAUUAGCUUCCUGUACGAUAGGAA